AUGGAUGCUGUUGCAGAGGAAGGGGACACAGUUUCUAUAGCAGAUUUGACGAUUGGUUUGCUUAUUGAUUUAUUAAAAGAUUCUGUGACAGAACUUGAUGAUAAUAUUCGUAAAGCAGAAAUAUGCCUAGGUGAAAUAAAAAUACGAGAACGUAAUGCAUUAAUAAUCUGGAUAGUAUAUUCAUUAUUAGCAUAUACCGCAUAUGUAGUAGGAUAUUGGUAUUUUAUCUAUAUGUCUAACGAGGGAGAAAAUUGGGAUUUCAUGAAGGUGGCGCCUGUUUUAACAGGACCUUUUUUCAUAGUAAUUGGUUAUAGAUUCAUUGCUUUAUGGUAUAAAAGAGAAGAAACAAAUGAAAUAUCUCAACUUGAACAACUAAGAGCCAAACAAAGCCUUAAAGUAGAAGAAUUAAAAAAGAAAACUGGUUAUUAUACAACUAAAACUUUGUUGGAAAGAUACGAUUCAACAACCAAACUUCCAGCAAAUCUUCCCGGUCAAAAAAAUCCACCAAUAACAACAAUACCUGGUAAUUUAAAACCUGGGCCAAAUUCUUUACGUCAACGCUUGCCACCACCAAACAACAACAACAAUAGUGGAGUUAAUAAUAAUAAUAAUGGAAAUAUUGACCAACAAUUAUCUAGAUCAUUAUCAUCAUCGUCAAUAAAUCAAAUUAAUAAUGUACAAAAUCAGCAGCGUCAUUGGUAUGAUAAACUAGUUGAUGUAGUUGUUGGUGAUGAUGAGCAAAAAUAUGCUUUGAUUUGUAAGGAUUGCUAUACUUGGAAUGGUUUGACUUUUGCAGCUGAUUAUGAUGAUAUUCAAUAUUAUUGUAAAAAUUGUAAUCAUUUCAAUCCAUCAAAAAGAUCUUUAAGAAAUAAUGCUGUUUCAGCACCAGCAUCAUUAAAUCAAAGAGGUCGAUCUACAACACCAAAACCAACAAGUAGAGAUUCAUCAUCAGGUCCGGAAAAAUCAAAAGAAAAACAUGAUAAUCAUGACGACGAUGGUGAUGUUGCUGUUAAUAAAAGAUUGUCAUCAAGAUCUAGAAGUAAAGGUAGUCAUCAUGGUGAUGGUACUGAGGGUGAUGACAAUAAUGAAGAUAAUGUUAAAGAUGAAGUUUGA